CCGCCGGCGGCGGCCCAGCCCCAGUGAAACGGCUCGCCCGAGAGGGAUCGCGCCGCCCUGCGCCGCGCCCGCCUCCCCGCUGCGCGGCUGUGCGGUACCCGGGGACCGGGAGUGCCCGGCGGGCACCGCGGGGCCCACGCGCCCACGAGUAUCCGGGUCCCCGGGAGCGGAGCCGGCGGGACAGUUUGAUGGCGUCGCCUAGCAGCGGCGUCCGCCGUCCUCGGGGAGCGAUACUGCGUUGACUUUCAGAUAUAUGAGAAGUCACUGUGGUCCGCAGCAUCCGGCAGGAAAAAUUAUAAAUUCAGCAUGGCACCCAUUUUAGAUUGGAAGAAGCUUAUGAAAGUUGAUCCAGAUGCUCUGCCUCAUCAAGAGGAGCUAGCAGACAGAUUGCUGGAGACCAUGUCCAAGGUUGAUGGGAAAGACUUAAAAACUGAAACUCCAGAACAACUUAUACACCUUUUUAAAAUUACUCAGUCGCUAAUGAAGAUGAAAGCUCAAGAAGUAGAGCUGGCUCUAGAAGAAGUUGAAAAAGCUGGGGAAGAGCAAGCCAAAUGUGAAAAUCAAUUUAAAACAAAGGUGAUGAAACUUCAAAAUGAAUUAGAGAUGGCACAAAGAUCUGCUGGUAGUCGUGACACUCGGUUUUUGCGUGAUGAGAUCCGCCAACUGGAAAAACAAUUAGAGCAAAAAGAGAGACAGUUAACAGAUAUAGAAAAAGAAUUGGAAAAAGAGAAGAAAGUGAAUGAACAGCUUGCUCUUCGAAAUGAAGAUGCUGAAAAUGAAAACAUCAAAUUAAGGAGAGAGAAUGAACAAUUGCGUCAGGAUGUAGUCGACUAUCAGAGGCAAAUAGAUUCUCAAAAAGAAGCAAUUCUGUCACGAAGAGGAGAGGAUUCUGAUUACAGAUCACAGUUGUCAAAAAAGAACUUUGAGCUUGUCCAGUAUUUGGAUGAAAUUCAGAAUUUGAGUGAAGCUAAUGAGAAGUUAGACAUUCAAAACCAAGAAAUGAGGAAGAAUCUUGAGGAAUCAGUGCAAGAAAUGGAGAAGAUGACUGAUGAAUACAACAAAAUGAAACUAAUUGUGCAACAAUCUGAUAUUGUUAUGGAUCAGUUAAGAAAAGAGAAAGAACAGUACAAAUUUCAAGUUCAGGAGCUUUCAGACCAGCUGAAAGCAAAGAUUGAGGAAGAUGAUCCACUCAUGGCAGCUGUAAAUGAAAAAGUUGAGGAAUGGAAGAAAAUCUUAGCUUCAAAAGACGAUGAACUCCUGGAGUAUCAGCAAACAUUGUUUAACUUGAAAGAGAAAAUGAAAAUGUCCGAACUUGAUGUAGGCAGAAACAGUAUACUGGCCCUUCAGCAGGGUGUGCAAGAACGAGAUGCUCAGAUAAGAUUGCUUACUGAGCAAGUUGAACAGUAUACCAAAGAAAUGGAACUAAAUGCACUUGUUAUUGAGGAAUUAAAAAAUGAUCUCCAAAAAGAUAAAGGUCGCUUAUCUCUUGCUCAGCAGAAUCGUAUUGGGGAUAUGCAAGAAAAAUUAAAAAUGCUAGAAGAGAGAACUAAGGAGGCUGAGAAAUCAGCAGAAUUAGCAGAAGCAGACGCUAGAGAAAAGGACAAAGAGCUUGUUGAGGCUCUGAAACGAAUGAGAGACUAUGAACUGGGAAUAUAUGGUUUGGAAGAGGCCGUUGCUGAAAUAAAAGAUUUAAAAAAGCAAAUAAAAAUACGAGAUCAUGAGAUUGAAACAUUAAUUAAGGAAGUCAAUAAACUUGAACUUAAAAUAAAUGAUUUUCUUGAUGAAAAUGAAGAACUCAGAGAGCGCUUAGGUCUUGAGCCAAAGACAAUGAUUGAUUUAAAUGAAUUCAGAAACAGCAAAGUGCUGAAGCAGCAGCGAUACAGAGCUGAAAACCAUAUUCUUUUGCAAGAGAUUGAAAGACUAGAAGAGGAAAGGAUUGAAUUGAAAAAACAGGUUCGUAAGUUGGCUCAGGAGAAAGGAAGAGUUGCAACAAUAGGAUUGGAUGCUGGUGAUGUGCAGCUAACUGAUAGCUUUACUGAAGAGAAGGGAAUGAAUAAGAGGAAGUUGGAUUUCUUGAACAGACAUGACAAUGCAGAAGUACAAGCAAAGAAUGAGUAUCUUGCAAAGGAACUAAGUGUGAGAGAGAGAGAUUUGGAGAAGAACAGGACUGUAAUAGCCAAAUUUCAAUCUCAAUUAAAAGAAUUAUCAGAAGAGAAUAAACAACUUGAGCAAGGAAUGAAAGAAAUAUUGCAAGCUGUCAAGGAAAUGCAGAAGGAUCCUAGUGUGAAGGGAGAAGAAACAGCCUUAAUAAUCCCUAGUCUGGAUCGUUUAGUUAAUGCAAUGGAGUUGAAGAAUUCAGAGGGAAUCUUUGACGCUAGUGUGCACUUGAAAGCUCAGGUUGACCAGCUAACAGGACGAAAUGAAGAAUUAAGACAGGAACUGAAACAGACUCAGAAGGAGGCAACGAAUUUCUCUAAUCAGCUGGCAAAUGCAAACGAAAAGAUUGCACAACUGAAAAAUGAAAUUUGCUUAUUACGUCAGUCAGAAGGUGCCAAUAUUGUCUUCCGAACAGUGAAUCUUCCAGAAGGAAUGGCUCCUUCAAGUGUUAAUAUGAUUAAUUCUCUGAAUGAAUAUUUAAUACACCUUAUACAGGAACUGGAAAAUAAAGAACAGUUACUUAAAAAAUUAGAAGAUGCAGUAGAGGACUACAAACGAAAAUUUGCUGUAAUUCGUCAUCAACAAGGCUUGCUGUAUAAAGAAUAUCAAAGUCAAAAGGAAAGCUGGCAGAAAGAAUCAGAAGAUAUGAAAGAGGAAAAGAAAAAGCUAGAAGAGCAAAAAGAACAGGAUGCUACAAAAAUAAAGGCAUAUUCUAAUUUACUCAGUGCUCUUCAGAUGGAUCCUGAUGAAGCAAAAAAAGUGCUUGCAGAAAAUAAUAGAAAAAUAACUGUUUUACGAGUUAAUGAAAGGUCACUAACAAGGCAGUAUACCACUUUACUUGAAACGGAACGGCAUCUUAGAAAAGAAAAUGAGAGACUAAAGGAUGAAAUAACACACAUGGAGACUGCAGUUGUAGAGAAGAUUGGAAACUUGCAACGAUUCAAGGAAAUGGCUAGCUUUAAGAUUGCAGCUCUGCAAAAAGUGUUGGAUGGUAGUGUGCCAUUGUCUGAGCUAGAACUGGCUAAUAAGCAGUAUAAUGAAUUAACUGCUAAAUACAGAGAUAUGUUACAAAAAGAUAACUUGCUCGUCCAACGGACAACAAACAUGGAACACAUGGAGCGUGAGAAUGAAUCCUUAAAAGCACAGAUAAGUUUAUUGAAUAAGGAACUGGAGAUCACGAAAGAGAAACUUCACACUGUGGAACAGGCUUGGGAACAGAUGACUAAACUGGGGGAUGACAAUGCCAUGGACAAGGCCACAAAAGCGCUAACCAACAGUGAGAUUUUGUCCAUUUCUAAGAAAAUCACAAUGUUGGAAAUGAAGGAACUAAAUGAAAGACAGAGAGCAGAACAUUCGCAACGAAUGUAUGAACAUUUAAGGAGCACUGUAAAGCAAAUAGAAGAACGUAAUUUUGAAUUGGAAACAAAAUUUGCUGAGCUCACCAAAAUCAACCUUGAGGCACAGAGAGUGGAACAGGAAUUACGAGAUGAACUGUCAAAGAGUGUAAGUAAGGCAGUAAGUGAUGCAGACAGACGACAAAUCAUGGACCUAGAGAAGCGUGAGAUGGAGCUCAAGAUGGAAGUAUCAAAGUUAAGAGAACUGUCUGAUGUAGCAAAAAUGCAAGUUGAAGCUCUGCAGGCACGCCAGCAAUACAGAGAUAAAGAAGUGGAAUCUCUUAGAACGCAAAUUUUAGACUAUCAGGUGCAGUCAGAUGAAAAAGCAGUUAUUGCAAAACUGCAUCAACAUAUCAUGGCCCUUCAAGGUAGUGAGUCUGUUGCUGUAGGUAAAUUGGAGACACUUAGAUCAAAACUACAGAAGGUGGAGAUCCAUAAUCUACGUUUAGAGCAGAAGCUUGAUGAGAGAGAGCAAGCCUUAUAUUUUGCCCGACUGGAAGGAAGAAAUAGAGCCAAACAUCUACAACAGACAGUUCAGUCUUUGCGGCGACAGUUUAGUGGUGCUCUGCCUUUAGCACAGCAAGAAAAAUUCUCUAAAACAAUGAUUCAGCUACAGAAUGACAAACUGAAGAUCCUGGAAGAAGUUCAGCAUGCCCAGCAGGAGCGUCGAAAUGCAGAAAACAGAGCAUUAGAAAUGGACUUAAAACUGAAAAGUUUAGAAGAAUUAAUAAGUGCAUUGAAGGAUACAAGAGGAGCUCAGAAGGUAAUUGAAUGGCAUAUGAAGAUGGAGGAACUCCAUCUGCAGGAACUUAAACUCAAUCGAGAGUUAGUGAAGCAAAAGGAAGAGGUGAAGUAUUUGCGUAAUAUAAUUUCUGAAUAUGAGUGUACAAUCAAUAAUCUGGAAGAAGAAAUUGUGCAGCAGAACAAGUUUCAUGAAGAAAGGCAAAUGGCUUGGGACCAGAGGGAAGUAGAACUGCAGCGCCAGUUAGACCUGUAUGAUCAUCAACAAAAUGAAAUACUUAGUACAGCUCUAAAGUUAGAAGAGGCUACAGGAUCAGUUCCAGACCCGAGUUUGCCACUCCCACAACAACUUGAGUUAGCAUUGAGAAAGAUUCAGGAGCAUAUUCGAACAAUCCUGGAAACUAGGGCAACCUGCAAAUCACUGGAGGAGAAAUUAAAAGAAAAGGAAACUGCUCUGUGGAACGCUGAACAAAAUGUUUUAUCAAGAGACAAAGUUAUAAAUGAACUACGACUUCGAUUACCUUCAACAUCAGAAAGAGAGAAAAUAAUGGCUGAUUUAGGCAAACAAGAUGAUACAGAGUACCAUCGUGCCAUAAAAAUCGCUCAUCAAACGAUUGCAAAUAUGCAAGCAAGAUUAAAUCAAAAGGAAGAAGUGUUAAAAAAAUACCAACGUUUGCUUGCUGAAGCAAGAGAGGAACAAGAGGCAAUAGCAAAGAAGCAUGAGGAAGACCUUAGAGUUCUACACCAGAAGUUAAAUUUGCAUACUGACAAUUCCUUUAAUAAAUUCAAAGAGACUGCUUUGGAGUUAGUGAAAAAGACUUCUUUAUCACUUUCCAACAACAAACAUUUUCUCUGCUUAGCUGAAAUGGAGCAAACUGUAGCAGAACAGGAUAAUUCUCUUGCUUCACUUGUUGGAAAAUUAAAGAAAACAUCAUCUGAUUUGGAGAAACAAAAACAAAUUACUUUAAUGAAAAUCAAAGAGUUUGAGACUAUCAGAGCUCAGCUUCAGGAAAAGCACACUGUUGAUGUGGAACAACUAAAAGAUGAAGCAAAUGAUUUGAGGAGCAUGUUAUCUCAGACGGAGAAGGAAUUAAGGAAUGUAAAAGCUGAGCUAGAGGUCCAAAAAGAAGCAAAUAAUAGAGCACCCACAGCGACGCUGAAAAACCUGGUGGAUCAGUUGAAGAGCCAGUUAGCCAUAAAAGAGAAGCAGCAGAAAGCUUUGAGUAAAGCACUUCUGGAACUCCGAGCAGAAAUGACUGCUAAUGCUGAGCAGCAGAUUAUUUCUGCUGCAUCACAAAAAGAGGCAUAUAUGAAUGUCCAGGAAAUUGUUGACAGACAAACAAAGGGGCUUAUGACACAGAUAGAGGAAUUAAAUAAUCAGAUUACAAAACUUACAGAUAACCUUAAAAUAAGUAAAACCAGGGAAGGUUCUUUGUCUGAUGAAAAGGAUGAGUUGAACCAAGAACUUCAGAGGAAACAAAAAGCAUUUGCUAAAAUGUUGAGAGAAAAAGAUGAAAUGGAAAAAGAAAAUGAAGAACUGAAGAAACGUAUUAGGAGGCUAAGCAGUAGCAUUCAGAGCAAAGCUGAUGAACAGAAUCUCAUAGAUGCACUUCAGAAAAAAAUUAAAAAGUUGGAAAGUGAACUUGAGAAGAAGUGUGAAGAAACAGAAAAAAAAGGUGUAAGAGAAGACAAGACCUCCAAGGAGGAAAUAAUUAGAUGGGAAGAAGGUAAAAAAUGGCAAACCAGAAUGGAAGGAUUGCGGAACAAACUAAGGGAAAAGGAAAAAGAAGCAGAUGCUUUAGCCAAACAGUUAAAUACAUUGAAGGAAAUUUAUACCAAGACUGAGAAAGAAAAAGUUGCUCUACAGAAGAAACUGAAAAUUACUGGUGUCACUGUUGACCGUGUUGUUGGAGUAAGAGCCUCAGAGACUGAAAAAGAACUGGAAGAACUAAGAAAACGGAAUCUAGAUUUAGAAAAUGAAGUUGCUCACAUGAGAACACAGCAAGCAAUCCCACGAGAUUCUGUUGUUGAAGAAUUACAUUUCAAAAAUCAAUACCUCCAGGAAAAGCUUCAUGCGUUGCAGAGACAAUGUUCGAGAGAGACAUAUCCAAGACCCUGGAGUACAUGUGACCAAAGUGAACUUACCAAGUCUGUUCCUAUCAGUAUCAGUAAACAGAAGUAUUUGAAUUGCCUUCAAAAGGAAUCUAUUUCAAAUAGGGAUGAAAUCAAACAUCAGACUAAUCAUAGCAUUACUGAUGGCAAUGAAAUAGAUGAGGAAGCAGAUGUGCAAAGAUGCAUGAUGCAUAAUGAAGGCCAUGAGGCCCCUGCAGAUGCAAGCACAGAAGUGUCUCUUGAACAGCAUCCUGAAGAUAGUGAGAAGUGUGAGGACACAGAUAUUUCUAGGGAAGGAUUGAAAAACAAAAAUAUAGCUGAAGCUGAUGUAGAGAACUGCAGUGAAAAAGACAGAAAUAUAACCCAACCUGAAAAUGGAAAAUUUACUGUGGAAUUUGAAAAAGAGGAGAGGAAGCAAGAAAUAUUCAAGCAACCAAAUGUUGAUGAAGAAGAAAGUUUAGAAAAGCCGUAUACUGACAGAAUGAACUGCAAUCAGUCUGAUUCAGGGGAACCUUCUAAUCAAGCUAAUGACUAUGAAGCAGAAAAAAUAAAUGUGAAUAAUGGAAUGGAUCAACACACUGCAGAGGAUAAAUAUGAAACUUACUCAAGUGGUGUGGAGGGGAUUGAAACAACCCCAGAACUUUGUGAAAUGCCCAAGACAUCAGGAAUAGGAUCAGAUGAUCAAUAUCGAAGAGAACAAGAGGUUUUAAAGGAAAAUUUAAGAUUGUCAUCUGAAAACGUUGAACUAAGGUUCCAGCUAGAGCAGGCCAAUAAAGAUUUGCCAAGACUAAAGGACCAAGUCAGUGACUUAAAAGAAAUGUGUGAACUUCUCAAAAAAGAGAAGACAGAUGUUGAACGAAAGCUGGGCAGCAUCAGAGGGGCUGGUAGAAGUGGAAAGACAGUCCCAGAAUUGGAAAAAACAAUUGGUUUGAUGAAAAAAGUCGUAGAGAGAGUGCAAAGAGAAAACGAAGAUCUGAAAAAAGCUCCAGCUGUGGUUUCUAAUGAGAAAUUACUUGGUCUUGAACAGGAAAACGAGAGGCUAAAGUCUGAAAUGGAAAAAAUGAAACUUCAUCUGGGGGACCAGCUGAGUAUGCGUUAUGAAUCUAAAACCAAAGGAAUGGAAAAACUCCUUACUGAAAACGAGAGGCUGCGUAAAGAACUGAAAAAGGAAGCUGACAGUGGAGAGAAGCUACGAAUAGCAAAGAAUAACUUGGAGAUAUUAAAUGAGAAGUUAACUGUACAGCUGGAGGAAACAAUUAAGAGGCUAAAUUUGGCUGAGAGCCAGUUUGAAGGAACUGACAGCAAAAGCUGGAAGCCUGUUGUAACAAGGAGGCACGAAAUUAAGAUGAAGGAAAUGGAAAUGGAUAUUGCUAAAAAAACCCAAAGCAUUACGGACCUUAAACGGCUGCUUCAGGAAGCAACAGAACGUGAACGCAAUGCUGUUAAAAACUUACAAGAUCUAAAAGAACAAAUUGAGCUUCUCCAACACCUUCCUGAAGAUGCAAGGACAGAGCAAAGCCUCAUAAGGGAACUUCAGCUUUUAAGAUUAACUAAUAAUCGAUUAGAGAAAGAAAAAACAGAACUAGCUCACCAGGUGGAGGAUUAUAAGCACCACAUACACACAUAUACAAGUGAAGGUCCUGCAGCCGGCCAUAAUGAAAUUGUAGUGAAGGAUAAAAAUGACAAGUUAAUGACAGAAGUAGCUGACCUCCGGACACAGCUGAAAGCCUCAGAGUUGGAAAAACAGCAAUUAAAGGAAGAAACAAAAAAGCUCAGAAGAGAACUAGAAAACUUUGACCCUUCCUUUUUUGAAGAAAUUGAGGAUCUGAAGUACAACUACAACGAAGAAGUAAAAAGAAAUAUUAUCUUAGAAGAGAGAUUAAAGCAGCUUUCUGAAGAGUUUGGCAUUCAAGUGGAUAGUCCAGGCAAUGUUUCUGUUGAUUAGGCUAGUGUUAAGUAUCCUCAGUACUGAUAGAGAAAAAGAAAUCCGGGGCAGUUACACAAUACUGAUUUCUUUGUCUGGUUUUAUCUUGGAAUGAUACAAGCCUAUUCAAGUUACAAUAGUUUGGCACAUACCUAAGAGUGCAGAAGUGGAUUAGUCAACAGAUUAUUGUCAGUAUUUGUAUACACCAGUCAGAAUAAAAGUGAGUUUUACCUCUCCCAACUCCCUUGCAAGAUUAUAUUUUAACUCAGAACAGUAAUUUGGAUAACACACAGGCGUCAGGUGAAGUUGAAACCUUGGAUUUAUCCUGAAAGUUGAGAAACUCUUAAAAUGUGCUAAGUACACUGAAGUUCCAGAUCGAUAAGAAUAUGUAAUUUGUUCUUGCUGUCUUGUGCUAUCAUACUUCUUAAGUAUGGCCUCAGGGUUGGUGUGCUGGAUGUCUGUUCUUACAUCUCUGGUUAUUUUCACCUCCAUUUUCAAAAAUCCAAGAACAAAGAUUUGAAAAUAAAGUUAUAGUAAUGAUAUUUUUGUAGAUAGAUAAAUGAUUUUUUAUUCUGUAUAUUUUAUAUAGCUGGAUGUAUACUUUUGUAGCACAGAUAAAAUAAAGCCAACUCAAAUGAU